AUGGAAGGCCAACAGCCAAAUACAGCUAAAUCUCUUGAAAACCUACCAAAUGACGUCCUUGGAGAUAUAAUCUCUCGAGUUGCCAAACUCUCACGCAAUACUGUCAGACAUGUUAUGCAAGCAUCACCACAUCUAGCCAAAGCAGCCCAAGAUCACAGAGUCUACAAGAAUACCAACCUAAAGCCCCUAGCCAUGAAUCCACUAGCAGCACUAACGAGAUACCAAGACUUCAUGGAAAAGUGCAUUGCAAGUGGAAAUGUCGAGGCUCACUACAUUAAAGGGAUCCAGGAAUAUUUCCAAAAGAACAACACACAGACAGGCCUAGAACACUUGAAGACGGCGGCAACAAGUAGUUACGAGAAUGGUAUAUACCUUUAUGGAAUUGUGCAGAUGUGCAGGGGUGACGGAGAUGAAGGAAAACUUUAG